CUGCUUGUAGCUGAUGCCGUUCUGGGCUUCCGCCUAGCCAGGUGCGAUCGGUACCAGCACAAAGCAGUUCCUGCGCUUCCGCGACAAACGGAUGCGGAUGGUCAGCGAGGCGAUCGGGAAUUUCAAGGCAGUAAAGCUAUAUGCAUGGGAGCGCGCAUUUAUGGCAAAGAUCGAAGGCAUUCGCAACAAUGAGGAGCUGGCAGCAGUGCGGAAGAUGGGCGUAUCGAAGGUUCUGAUUGCCUUUACAGGCGGGCUGACAUCGAUUGUUGUUACACUCGGCACCUUUGGUGCGUACAUGAUAUUUGGGUGUGAGAGCCACGGCCCGCUUACGUCGCAGCUGAUCUUUGUCUCUCUCUCUCUGUUCUUUUUGCUCCAGGAGCCUGUGUCGGGGUGGCCACGGGCUCUGUCAUCAUUCGUCACUGCCUCCAGGUCUUACGAUCGACUGAACGCCUUCCUCAUGUGUCCUGAUCGCGACCCUGAAGCCAUCAGCCGCUUGGAGUACGAUAGAUAUAGGGAAUCAGCUUCAGCAAACGAUGUUUUGGUAGAUGUAUCCGGCGCCUCGUUCAAAUGGAAUGCGUGCGAGGGAACGGCCCUGGAGGACAUUAGUUUUGAAUGCCGUCGCGAGGAGCUAGUUGCUGUCAUCGGCAAAGUCGCGACUCUGUGUGGGUCAGUCGCUUUUGUGCCGCAGCAGCCGUGGAUCGUCAACACCACGCUCAGAAACAAUAUUUUGUUUGGCAACAAACUCGAGCAGGAGUUCUACGACAGGGUCAUCGAUGCGUGUGCGCUGCGUGCUGAUCUUGUGACGAUGUCUGGCGGUGAUAUGACCGAGAUUGGCGAGAAGGGGUUCAACUUGUCCGGCGGACAAAAGGCUCGCGUUGCCCUUGCUCGAGCAGUAUAUGCGCGUGCUGACAUAUAUCUGCUUGACGACCCUCUUUCUGCUGUCGAUGUCCAGGUUGGCAAGCACAUAUUCAGCCAUGUGCUGGGCCCCACGGGUCUUCUUAGGAACCGGGCCCGCAUCCUUGCCACCAACAAUCUGCAGGACCUUCGUGGCGUUGAUCGAGUGCUGCUGCUGCAAGACGGCCGUUUGGUGACAUAUGGUACCUUCACGCAAACCACUAAUUUUCCCCAGAGAGCCGCAGAGACUGGUAUUUGGGUGCCUGCUGUAGCCGAGCGUACAUCUAUGGUUGCUGAAGCAAACGUCGUAGGCAGGCAAUGCACCAUUGGCCGAGCUGAACGCAACAGUACCUGGGUUGACAACAAUCGUGGCAUUCAUACAAGUGCUACUGGUGAACAUGUCAUUAUCAAGGACGAUGUGGAGCAUUUCGGCCAAGUUGGCGUGGAUGUGUUUCGACACUAUGUUCGGGCAUGUGGAGCGCAAAAUGUUGCGUGGCUUUUGCUGUCAGUCAUUGCUACUAUGCUCUUGGUGAUGGGCGGCAGUUUUUGGUUGGCACACUGGGCUCAUACUAACGAGGAGAACAAGCAGCCAAGCCAACCAGUAAACUCGCUCUACCACCUUUUGAUAUAUGCAGCAAUCGGUGCUGGUUCAGGAGUUUCCAGUAUGGUGACUUUGGUUCUGCUCUGGCUCGUCUGUGCAUCAGAUGGCUCAAGACGCAUUCACUCCCAAAUCCUUCACAGCAUCUUCCAGGUACCCAUCUCGCUCCUGGAUUCUAUUCCGACCGGCCGGAUAUUAGGACUGUUCGGUAGCGAUCUAGCAAAGGUGGAUAUUGUAAUUCCUGGAUGCGUUGAUAUCUGGGUUCAGUCGGGUAUCGGGAUUGCAGUUUCGAUCAUCCUGAUAUCCAUGACCUCCUUAUUUUCGCUGCUGUUCCUUCCUCCGCUGGUAUACCUGUUUGUCUCUAUCCAGAAGCGGUCUAUACCAGCCACCCGGGAUGUCCGGCGCCUCAUAAACAAAUCGCGUGAUACGAUUAUCACCGGCAUCGAGGAAGCUGUGCAUGGUGCAGUUUCGAUUAGGGCGUAUUCGCAGGAGAGACGGUUCGAGGUUAGCUCCGAGGCAAAAAUCGAAAGGUACAUGGCGGCAUUGUGGACCUAUGAAUGUGCCGAUCGAUGGCUGAUCUUCCGUCUUGACUCUAUAUGUGUGGCUAUUCUGCUCUUUGUUGCAUUCAUGCUUGUCGGGAUACAGCACUUUUCGGGCCGCAUCGAUAGCGGAUUUGCCAGCUUGACUUUGACAUAUGCCAUGUCAAUGCUUGGGAUGGUCAACAUCUGCCUUCGGAGUUCUGCAUUGUUGGAGAUGUCGAUGGUAUCUGUCGAACGACUUCGAGACUAUUCAUUCCUGGAAAGUGAGGAGCAAGUAGCCGCCAGUGGCCAUUCGGGCCCACCAUGUUGGCCUGAGACAGGUGACAUCGAAUUCCGCAACUACUCCACCAGCCAAAAGGUUGGCAUUGUCGGACGAACAGGAGCUGGAAAGUCGUCGCUCGCCUUGGCCCUGCUCCGCAUCAUCGAGCCUGACUCUGGGCAGAUCUUGCUUGAUGGCCAAGAUAUAUCCAAAUGCCCGCUGCAUGACGUUCGCAGCCGUGUGUCCAUCAUCCCACAAGAUCCAGUGAUGUUUUCUGGUACUGUGCGCGAAAACCUGGACCCAUUUGGCAGCUACUCCGACGGUGAAAUAUGGCGUGCACUAGAUAACUCGCACAUGGGCGAAUUUAUUCGCUCCAAGAAUGAACGCCUAGAGUCUGUUGUCACCCAGGGGGGCGAAAACUUCAGUGUCGGCCAGCGCCAGCUCAUCUGCUUCGCACGCGCACUUUUAAGGCGAACCAAGAUCUUGGUUCUUGACGAAGCAACUUCGGCGAUCGACGCAUCCACCGACACUGCUAUUCAACAGACGAUCCGCAAAGAAUUCAAGAGUUGCACCGUUUUGACAAUUGCCCAUCGUCUGAGCACCGUGCUUGAUAGCGACAGGGUCCUAGUGAUUGACAGAGGGAGAGCGGUUGAAUAUGACAGUCCGCAGAAGCUUCUUGCCAAUAGCUGCAGCAUGCUUUCGCAGCUUGUAGCAGACACAAAAGACAAAAGUUGCAAAUAAU